GAAAGGAAUGUCAAAUAUGUCAAAUCGUACGGCUCUCGCUCCUUUUUUUGAUUGCUGUCCAAUAGAAUAUUCAUUUGAUUCACAAUUUUAAAUUUCGCACAAUUUGUAAUGUGAACAACAAGACAAAUAAUUUGAAACUGUUUCAUAAAUAUCUUUUACAGUUAGAUUCUGCAAACUCCAAAUUAAUGGAACAUUUACUGAGGGGAAAAUUCCGCCGUGUGGUUAUAAAUACAAGCAACUUUCGAAAAUAUGGACAACACAAUGUCAACAGUAAUAGAGUCUGCUUACUAUGGACAGGUAGAAUUUUGGAAAGAAGUAUUCCUCGAUCUAUAUUUUACUCUAAAAAUCAGAGAAGAGAAUAUGGAAUGUUUGUUGUAAGAGCUCUCAGAGGAGUCUUGAAAAUUAGGUACUUAUUACUGGGUGGUGCUGUUGCUGGAGGCAGCGCCUUGAAUCAGAAAUACCAAGAAUGGAGGGAUGGUUUACCAGAUUUAAAGUGGCUAAAUGAUGUCCUACCAGACAAUAAUCGGUGGCAAGAAUGGAGAGGAUCUCUUGUAGAUAUGAAAGAUAAUAUCAAGAAUAACAUUGAAAUUGAUCCAAGACUCAAAGCUUUAACGGAAGCAAAAUAUAAGGACUUCAAAAACUGGUUUGAUCAGAGAUUAGAAGAUGCUAUACAAGCAGCUGAACAAAGUGAAUCGAAUACAUCUAACAUUCAAGGAUAUCACCAGAAUCUUUUGCUGAUUAUAGAUAGAUUGUACUCGGAAGUAAAAAAGGAAUUCAAGGAUAAAACUACAGUUUAUGCUAAACCAUUUACACAAGAUGAUAAGUCAAAGAAAUCAGAACAGGAGCGACUCAAUAAUUUACAAGAUGAAAUGAUGCUCACACAGAUCAAGUAUCAAAAAGAGUUGGAAAAAUUGGAGAAGGAAAAUAAAGAAUUACGCAAACAAAAUCUAUUGUUGAGGCAAGGAAAAAAACCGCUCACAAGGAAAGUGAAGAGGAGCCUGAUUGAUAUGUACAGUGAAGUGCUGGAUGAGUUAGCUGAUUUUGAUAGUGGAUAUAAUACUCAAGAUCAAUUACCAAGGGUGGUUGUUGUCGGUGAUCAGAGUAGUGGCAAAACCUCAGUUUUGGAAAUGAUUGCCCAGGCUAGAAUUUUCCCAAGGGGGGCAGGAGAAAUGAUGACCAGAGCGCCAGUAAAAGUAACUUUGUCAGAAGGUCCAUAUCAUGUAGCCCAAUUCAGGGACUCUAAUAGAGAAUUUGAUUUAACCAAAGAAAGUGAUUUAGCAGAACUAAGACAUGAGGUUGAAUUGAGGAUGAGGAAUAGUGUAAGAGGAGGAAAAACUGUGUCUAAUGAAGUUAUCUCCAUGACUGUAAAAGGUCCUGGAAUACAAAGGAUGGUUCUGGUGGAUUUGCCAGGUAUAAUUUCAACACAAACUACAGAUAUGGCUUCAGACACAAGGGAAUGCAUCAAACAGAUGACUCAAGCCUAUAUGAAUAACCCAAAUGCAAUCAUAUUAUGCAUACAGGAUGGCUCAGUUGAUGCUGAAAGGAGUAAUGUUACAGAUUUGGUUGCUUCUUGUGAUCCAAGUGGUAAAAGAACCAUUUUUGUAUUGACUAAAGUUGAUUUGGCAGAAGAAAAUUUGGCUAAUCCUGACAGGAUAAGGAAAAUUUUAUCUGGAAAACUAUUUCCAAUGAAAGCUUUAGGAUAUUUUGCUGUAGUGACAGGAAGGGGUAGAAAAGAUGAUUCCAUUCAAACUAUCAAAGAUUAUGAAGAAACUUUUUUCACAAGUUCAAAACUUUUCAAGGAUGGAGUCGUAAGAUCAACCCAAGUUACAACCAGAAAUUUGAGUUUAGCUGUCGCCGACUGUUUUUGGAAAAUGGUGAAGGAAACCGUGGAACAGCAAGCGGAUGCGUUUAAAGCCAGACGUUUCAACUUAGAAACCGAAUGGAAAAACAAUUUUCCGAGGUUACGGGAACUCGAUAGGGACGAGUUAUUCGAGAAAGCUCGAUCGGAAAUCCUAGAUGAAAUUGUAAAUCUGUCCCAAGUUAGUCCAAAACAAUGGGAGGAAGUCUUAACCACUAGAAUAUGGCACAAUAUGUCUGAUAAAGUUUUUGAGAAUAUCUACUUACCAGCCGCCCAAACUGGAAGUUCAGAAACCUUCAACACAGCGAUUGAUAUCAAACUGCGACAAUGGGCUGAGCAAAGUCUUCCUCUAGAAUCGGUUGAGUCGGGUUGGCAAACCUUAGAGUCUGAAUUCUUGAAGUUCUUCGACAAGGCCAAGAGUACCCCAGAUCAUGAUGAUAUAUUCGAUAAACUCAAGGAAGCUGUUGUUAAUGAAGCGAUGAUUAGGCACACUUGGGAAAGUAAAGCUUCGGAAAUGUUGAGAAUUAUUCAGUUGAACACUCUAGAGGAUAGAACUAUAGGAGAUAAAAGGGAUUGGGAUGCUGCUGUUAAAUUUUUGGAAAGUAGCAUUAAGGACAAAUUGAAGCAAAGUGAGGGGAUUUUAAAAGAACUCAUCGGACCAUCAACUAAAGAAAGAUGGUUGUAUUGGCAGUAUCAAACUGAUGUACAGUCGAGAAGGAAUUUUGUUAAAUCAGAAAUAGACAAAAUCCUUUACUCUAACGAGAAUCAUCCACCCGAUCUGAGCUACGAUGAAUUGACUGUAAUAAAAAAUAAUGUAGGUAGAAAUAAUGUGGAAGUGGAUAAUGAUUUCAUCAGGGAAGUGUGGGAGCCUGUUUACCGCCGGCAUUUCCUUCAUAAGGCUCUAGGUAGAGCUUAUGACUGCAGGAAAGCCUUCUAUCUAUACCACCAACAAAUGGAAUCUGAUUGUGGCGACGUAGUAUUAUUCCAUAGAAUCCAACAGAUGGUUAAAGUUACGGCAAAUGCUCUUAGACAACAAAUUACGAACAGAGAAGCUAGAAGGUUAGACAAGGAAAUCAAAGAAGUUCUUGAAGAGUAUAGCCAAGAUUCAAAUAAAAAAGAAACAUUAUUAAUUGGCAGAAGAGUUACUUUAGCUGAAGAAUUAAAGAGGGUGCGACAGAUUCAAGAAAAGCUUGAAGAAUUCAUUCAAGCACUUAACAAAGAGAAAUAGAGCUAGUCUUAAAUUUAAGGUCAAAUGAUAUUCAAAUAAUUAAGGUGUAAUCAGAAAUAUUUUUUCCAUCCAAAUGAUCAUGUAAUUUGUUUCAAUUUAAUUGUUACUGUUAUGAAAUUGGCUUUUUACAUUCAUCAUAAUAUUCAUAUUUCUUUCAGAAUAAAAAUUUUGAUGUGUUAAAUAAAUUCAUUAAACAGUCA